AUGGCGGUAAACUGGGCAGGACUGCUGUCCAUGGGAGUGUUUUACGUGAUCAUACUGGGCACUGGUAUUUGGGCAUCCAGGAAAUCCAAACGUGAAGAGAGGAAGUGCACAGGGAACCGCAGUGAGGUUGCAAUGGUUGGAGGGCGGAACCUGAGCACCUGGGUCAGCGUCUUUACUAUGACAGCCACUUGGGUGGGAGGAGGCUACAUUUUGGGUUGUGCUGAAGUGGUCUACAAUCCAACAAAGGGGUUGGUGUGGGCCACCGCACCCCCAAGCUUUGCCAUAAACAUGAUUAUAGGUGCGGUCUUCUUGGUCAAACCUAUUCGGUCGAAGAACUAUGUCACCCUCAUGGACCCAUUUCAAAAGAAAUAUGGCAACACUGUAGCUGCUGUUAUUUUCAUUCCCGCUCUUCUUGCCGAUAUCUUGUGGAUAGCAUGCAUUCUUGGUACGCUGGGGGGGACAGUAAGCGUGGUCAUGGACAUCCCCUCCAGCCCAGCUGUGGCCAUCUCUGCCGCUGUGGCAAUCCUUUACACAUUAAUGGGAGGGCUGUACUCUGUGGCCUAUACUGACGUCAUCCAGCUUAGCUUCAUGCUCAUCGGCUUGUGGUUUUGUGUUCCUUUUAUCCUGACAAGCCCCUCCUCUGCUAACAUCACUGUUGCCGCAGUAACCACGUUGUACCAGGAGCCAUGGAUCGGCAAGCUGGAGCUGGAGGACGUAGGUCGCUGGAUAGACGACAUACUGCUACUGGCCUUUGGAGGGAUCUGCUAUCAGGCUUUCUACCAGAGAAUCCUGUCCAUAGCUACUGAAACCCAAGCUAAAAUGACCUGCUAUGCUGCGGCAGUAUUGUGUCCACUGCUUGGCAUCCCAUCACUCAUCAUUGGCGCAGCGGCGGCAUCUACCAAUUGGAACCAGACCACCUACGGCUCACCCAGGCCGUACGAACAGGGAAAAUCGGGUGUCAUCUUGCCAAUUACCCUUCAGUAUCUUUGCCCUUUCUACAUCUCUCUGGUUGGUGUGGGAGCACUUGCUGCCUCUGUGAUGUCAUCAGUCGACUCUGCACUCCUGUCCGCUUCCUCCCAACUGGGCCGAAAUAUCUUCAAGAACAUCAUCUACAAACAGGCAUCAGAAAAAAUCAUUAUUGUGGUGGUUAAGGUGUCAGUCUUCCUGUGUGGAGUGAUGGGGGCAGGCCUGGCCAUGGCAAACACGUCUGUUCACCUGUUCUGGAUCGUCAGUGCAGAUGUCUUGUAUUCAAUGAUGACUCCCCAGGUAAUAUGCAUCUUCUACUCAGCUCAGUGGGUGAACCACUACGGGGCCUGUUCUGGCUUUGUGUUGGCACUGCUGCUGAGAGGUCUGGUAGGGGAACCCUUGAUAGGCCUCCCCGACGUGCUGCCCCUGCCGUGGGACAAGAUACAGGAGGACGGCCACCGAUACCGUUUGUUCCCUUUUCGCACUGUCAUCAUGCUCAUCACCAUCGGGAUUAUUUUACUCGUAUCACGCUUUGCUGCGUGGCUGUCUGAGAGGGGGCUGCUGAGAAGGAUAAGCGACGCUGAAACCGACACAACCGUACAUUACAUGGCACCAGUCGGAACAGAUGUGGAGGAAAAGGACAGACUGGCUAAAGAGCUGUGUCACUUAUCCUCCCAAGGACGCAAUGAGGAAGGAGAAAAAUACUGA